AUGAAUGAUAAUCAAAAACAUAAUCAUGACUCUGCAUCAAGUGAACAUCAAAAUGACUCUGACCAUGAAAAGAGUAAAUAUAAUUUUAUCUUAAUAUUUCAAUUCAAAGAUACUCAGAACAACUUACCGUCGCAUGAUAAAGAAAGGCAGAAAGCUUAAAAAAGGUAAAGAGAAAAAAAGAAAUUGAGACUGAAGAAGCUCUUAAAAGAGAAGCUAGGACUGGAUAAUAUAACUGAUCUCUAGCUGGCAUCUAAUUUCGGAAGCAAUUUUGAUGUUUAUUAUCAGGGCUAAAAUGAUCCAAAGAAAAGAGCCUAGGAUGAUGAUAUAUAGUUGAUUGACAACAAAGUAGGUAGUUUGUUGAGACAGCAAUUGUAGACCACAACUAAGAGGAUAUAGCUUAUUAGAGAUAAUUCUCCUACUAAAAUACCCCAAAAUAAUAAUCAUAAAAAAGAGUUAUCUAUCUAGAAUCUCAAUAAUUUAGAACCAAGAACAGACGAUAAUAGUCCAUAAAUUAGGGAUUAUUCAAAUACCAUUGAAAAUGCUGAGACGAUUUAGCCAAAACCUUCACACAAUCAAGCCUCAGUCGAAGGUUAAUUCAUUUUUGCUGAACCUUAGAAUUUUGCCUAGACUUAACGAAUAGCACUCUCAAAUUUCAAUUCAUUAUUUAAGUUAAAAGGAUUGCUUGGUAAUGGAGCUUUUGGAGUGGUUGUACUAGUGAAGAAUAAGCAAACUCUUGAGUAUUCAGCACUAAAAAUAAUCAAUAAAUAGAAGCUUUCAAAUCAAGCAAUUGAAAUCUUGAAAAAUGAAUCCCUAGUAUUACAAUCUCUAAAUCAUGAAAACAUUGUAAAAUUCAAGCAUAUAUUUGAAACCAGCAAUUAUAUUAUGAUAGAAAUGGAAUAUGUGAAGGGAGGCUAGAUAAAAAAACUUUAUGAUCGCUAUCCAGAGCUAACAGAGAGAGAUGUCAGUCAGGUGAUAAAAAAUAUUCUUGAGGGUGUAAAUUACAUCCACGAGAGAGAUUAUAUCCACAGAGAUUUGAAACCAGAGAAUAUAUUGCUAUCAGAUCGAAAAAGCCUUAACAUUAAAAUUGUAGAUUUUGGACUGAGUGCAGUCCAUAAGGUUCUAUCUUCUGACUAGAAUGAUGAGAAAGUUGGUACCCUCAUAUAUAUGGCACCCGAACAAGCCAGCUUCUAAACUUACUCAAAAAGAAUAGACAUAUGGGCAGUGGGAAUCAUAAUGUACCAAAUAAUGAGCAAAGGAAAGCAUCCUAUGUAUAACAAAGAGAUGAAUUAUUAUGAUUAUCUUAUGAAGCUUAGAGCAAUAAAGGAAAAAAUUGGACCUAUCAAUUGGAUUUACCCAUCAAACUUUUCAAAGUAAGAUUAGAUACCAUUAGAAUUUAUUAGAUUAGCUAUUGAUUUCUUCAGUAAGUUAUGCAGCUAUCCACCCUCAGAAAGAUAUGAUUCAAAGAGUGCACUUAGACAUCCUUGGAUAACAGGCAUUGUUAAUGCUGAGAUUCCCUUAACAUAGAAGCAGUAAAUAAAGUAUUUCAACUCUGAGUAGGUCUUAAGAAAAAUAAUGCGCUCAGUUUAUUUCUUAGCCCAACAAAGGACAGAAAAACACCAAUUUUUCCAAAUAGAUACAAAAAACUCAAAAUUUUAGGAGUAUAAAACCUUAAUAAAAAAUUAUGGAAAUGACUAGAACAAUUCAUAGAUUUCAACUACUUAAGAUUCGAAUUUCGAAACUUAUUCAAGAGAUUAGUAGAAUUAAUUGGGUUAAUUAGACUCUGAUAAAUAUGAAUCUACAAAUCCUGUAUUUAAUGCUUAGAACAUAUAGCUCUUACCAGGAAGGCUAGGGCAGAAAUUUACAUUGAAUACAAAUAUCCAAAACUAAUUGAGGAAAAGGCAAUCCUCCUCUAUCAAAAAGAAAAAGGAAAAUGCUUUAAAAAACCAUGUUAUUACUAGGAAUACUGAAUUUAAAGAGGAAGAAACCUAGGCAGCAGUUGAGGAGAAGAAUUUUCUUAUCAAAAGUCCUUAGCAACUAAACAAGCUAAAAACAAAUCCAGCUCUGAUGUAGAAAAAUUACAAUCAGAGAAUCAAAGACAGCGCAAACAGAGGAGAAGUAAAAUAUCUGCAUGACUUUGAAUCUAAUUAACAUUAGUAGUCAAUAUCAUCAAACUAGCAAAAAAUUCAGCUUAUGACUCCUCAAAUCAAUAAAUUUAGCUCUAAACAUGAUGAAUUUUAUAGCGGAGAUUAGCAUCAAUUUAAAAAGUAAAAUUUAAAUCACAGUCUUCUUAAAUAAAGAACUACUGCUAAUUAAUUUUCUCAGGGCACUCUGCAUAAUGAGUUUGAAAACUUAGCUAACAUUAGUCUAAGAUAGAACAACCAGACAUUGCCUUAUGAGAAUAUGGCUGAAGAAAGGUAGUAAUCCUCAGCAUAGUCAACUAUUGAUUAUAAGCAGGAAUCAAAGAACAUUAAGUUGAUGAGUCCUAACUAUGAAAUGAUACUUGAAGAGGAAGAAAACUUUUCAUUGACUAUGUCUAAUUUUCCAGGCCAAAAUGUGGAUCUAGUACCAAGACCUAGAAGUUGA